AAUAUGAACUUGCGCGACAGAGGAUGCAGCGGCAACUUCGGGCUUAUAAAUAUUGCAGAGUGUUUGCCCGAUUCAUUAGUGCCUUCAACAUAACAAACAUGGCUGCUUCUCUCCUCGCAGUUGCCUUCUUUGUGGCUUUGGCGGUGUCCCCGAGCGUGCAGGUCUGCGCCCCGGACUGCACGGGCGUGGACCCCGGAACCAGCGUGCGGGACCCCACCGACUGCACCAGGUACUACGUCUGCAUCGACACCUCCGGCACUGGCGUGUUAUUGCCAUCGAUCGACCCCGUGGAGUGCCCCGACGGACAGUUCUUCAACGAGCAGCACACCCUUCCCCGCUGCGACCCCAUAAGCAGCGCCCCCGAUGGCUUUUGCUCAGGGCUCUGCAACCCCUGUGAGGCUCACUGCACUCACGCGGGAGAAGUCACUCCUGACCCAACAGACUGCUCCACUUACUAUGUGUGCCUUGAGGACGGACAUGUCCUCCCGGUUGGCUGCUCGGCUGAAACACCCUUCUUCGACUUCAUGGUCGGGGGAUGCCAGACCGACCCGACCCUCUGCUUCCACUACUGCGACAUCUGCGAGCCCCAUUGCACCUACCAGAACGAGCGUGUUCCAGACCCGACUGACUGCCACAGGUUCUACCUCUGCACGCCGCCCACCAUGUCCAGUUUCCUGUGUCCCCAUGAGGAGGUGUUCAACAGGGUGACAGGCGUGUGUGAAGCUGGGGCCACGUGCGUUGUAGACUGCCCUACCCGUAAAUAAUCAUGUGUGCAUUUGUAAAUGAAUUCCACUGAUGAGCUAAUUAUGAUAAAUUUAUAUGGAAAACAAUAGUUGCCAUCCUUUCCAUUUGAUUAAAACCAUGAACAAGUA